UACCACAUUGUUUAUGUACCGGAAAUUAUGUAAAAGUGCAGAUGCGUUGUAUCUUGUCGGAGCAUCUAGGGUAUUUUUAUCGUUGUUCUACUCCAUCCCCUGGGUAAUCUUAUAUUUUUUUAUGAUAACAUUAUUGGUAGAUUACUYUAUUCACUGAAGUCGAUUGUCGGUCCAGCUAACCACAAUGUCGAUCUGAUUGCGUGAAUUCUAAAAAUAGAUACAGUGUGUACCGCACAUUGAAUUCUUUCAGUUGUUAAUCGACAGAYCAUUAGUGUGAAGUCUUUUGAAUGGCACAAAUAAUGUACAGGAAAUAAAAUGGACAGCAUUAUGUAUGAACAAGGAUGUGCUUCUUGCUCAAGAAGACAAUUUCCCAUCAAGAAUUAUCCAAACCAAGAUAGCAACACUAUGAAUUGUACAGACACUUAUAAAAGAACUCAAAGAUACCAAACAAAAAAGUCAAGAUAUCUUUAUUCAUGGAGAACUUUUGUAAAUCCUAUUUCUGCAACAUUUUUAAACAGUAUUUUAUCCUUUUUAAUGCUUUUAUCAAGACUUUUAUAUAAUUGUAACAGAAGAAGCUAUAAGAGAACGUUUGUACAAAGUAUUUUAUUCUUAUUUGGACUGACUUUGUUGGCAAAUACUUCAUUWUGUCARCAUWUAUCGCAGCAAGAGACAAAGCUAAUGGAUGCAAUAGUACCAAUUGGGACUCAUUUUACAUACAAGAUACCUUCCAGUCAAUUUGACUGUGAUUUCCACAGACUUGAGGUGUCAGAGGGAAGUACAAGAUCUCUACCCAACUGGCUUGCUUACAGUCARGUCAAKCAAGAACUAUAUGGAGUAGCCUCAUUAAAAGAUGUUGGGACAAAUGAAAUACUAGUAGUAGCUAUAACAAACAGUUCUACAGGGACUGGAAGGAUUUGUGGUAUUAGAGCAUUUAGUAUAAAAGUACUGGAAAGUGAUAGUUCCUCUGAUGUGARGACUGUUUUAUCAUCAGUCACAGUCGCAACACCAUUACAAGCAGACCAUGGUMAUUUUCAGUGUCCUCCUGGUACACAGGCCAUCAUUGCUACUGUSCUGUUUAGUGRAAACCUCCAUGAAAUGACUGGCCAUGAGCGUAURGUUACUCUAACUUCAAUGGCAGAUCAUUUAAAUGUUCCAUCAAGUAAAGUUGCACUUUUUUCGGCUGAUAAUGGACACCCACUGUUGUCUGAACUACAGCAGCUUUCUGUGUURAGCUCUGGUGCAGGAGAUGCUAGAUUYAAGCCUGGAUCAAAGAGUCUUCUKACUUGGAUGCUUAGUUGUGGUGCUAUCAGACUUAGYGAUUCUUACCUUACAGAACUAGAGAGCAAAGCAAAGGAUGGAACACUGACUGAAGUACUUGGGCAUCCUAUUGUUGGCUGGCAUGUGACAUCAGGGGUUCAAAAGUCUAGACACAGAGUACGACGUGCRGCUGCUGCCACGCCUACUCCUAUAGCAACAAGUGUUGCACCAACACGAGUAAUAAGAAGCUCCACAAUUAUCAUAAAUGAAACUAGUUCUUUAUCGAUAUCUUCAUUUGUCAUGAGAAAUUCAACAGUUCUGCCAAUCACUACUAUUUAUAGCUCUCCCUCUUCGUCAGUCAUUCUCUCCUCAACUGUGGAGUAUUCUUUGAAUGUAUCAAGUGAGAUCACAGCUUCAAGCUCAGUAUCCAAUAUGUCAAGUUUGCCUGUACCAUCCUCAUUGACAACAACAGUAGCACCACCAAUGCCAUCUACUGUGACAGCGAACCUUAGUAGUCAAAUUAACUCUACUGUGCAAAUAACACCUUCAUCAAGUUUUGAAUCCAGCUUUACUGGCAUGAAUGAAACUAGCUACGUUGCACCAUCUACAACACCAUAUAUCAAUGCUUCAGCAACUUCAAUACUAUCAAAUAGUACUUUGGUCCUUAAUUCUUCCACUGCUGGCAGCAGUUUUUCUAUGAACUCUACAAUGUACAUCACACCAAGUCCAUCUGCAACACUUCAAAUUAAUGCUUCAGCAACGUCUAUGCUGUCAAAUAGUACUUUGGUCCUUAAUUCUUCCACUGUUGACAGCAGUUUUUCUAUGAACUCUACAAUGUACAUCACACCAAGUCCAUCUGCAACACUUCAAAUUAAUGCUUCAGCAACGUCUAUGCUGUCAAAUAGUACUUUGGUCCUUAAUUCUUCCACUGUUGACAGCAGUUUUUCAAUGAACUCUACUCUGUACAUGACACCAAGUCCAUCUGUAACACUUCAAAUUAAUGCUUCAUCAACUUCUGUACUAUCCAAUAGUACUUUGGUCCAGCUCAUUUCUUCCACUGUUGGUAGCCGUUUUUCUAUGAACUCAACAAUCUACAUCACAACAAGUUCUUCUGCACUGUYCAAUAGUACUUUGGUCCACCUCAAUUCUUCCACUUUYGUUAGCAGUUUUUCUAUGAACUCUACUAUGUACAUCACGCCAAGUCCAUCAAUGACACCACAAGUGAAUGCUUCUGCAACUUCAGUUUUACCAAAUAGUACUUUGGUCCAGCUCAACUCUUCAACUGUCAGUAGCAGCAUUUAUAUGAACUCUACUAUGUCYAUCACACCAAGUCCAUCUACCUCCUUCACAGAGAAUUCAACAGCAUYAAAUUCCACAUCUGUAUUUCAAAGCAUGGUUUCAAUUUUACCAAACACAACUUCAUAUUUGCCAAGCAGCUUUGUCAACUCCUCAUUGGUUGUGUCUUCUGUAUCACUAAAUGAAACUACAUCAAUGGGAAUAAACUCUACUGUAUCUGAAAUAGUGAGCAGCACUCAGAGUAUCAAUAUGACAAGCUCCAUUCAGCCUAGUUUCCAAACAUCAUCUGUGGUUCUACCUUCCUCCACUUUGUCCCCAAGUGUGACUCAAAAUAUGACAAGCAACAUGACUCUGUCCUCCAGUUCUGUGUUUCCUGAUAGAACAAGUAGCAUCAGUGCYAGUUCAGUCAACUUGACUUCAGCAACUCUGGCUAGUAAUACCAGUGGCUCCAUAUCAUUAUUACCAAGUAUUUCAACUGUACCAGUGGUGACAACAGUUAAUAUAUCAUCUGUGAUAUCCCCAACUGUGAUGAACACAAGUUUGGUUGACGCCACGAGCACCAGCACAUUAAUCAAUAGGACGUYGAUAUUGUCCGUAACAUCGUCGAUGGCUUCACGAAAUGUUACGAUUGGUCCCGACUUGAGCACGAUUAURUCGUCGUUUGCACCUAGCACGAGGUCAAUGACAUCAAGCAGAGAAACGCUGUCUAGUUUCUUAGGAACUGUAAAUUUUACCAGUACUCUGAAGUCAAGCWUAGAGCUGACUCCUUCCACUGUGUCAAGCAUAUAUUUGACGCAAACUGGCAACUUCUCCUCAACUAUAGGAGAAAAAUUGAACUYUAGUGCGACAAGUGUCCACACAAUCACUGAAAGCCCGAGUCCUUACAGUACUAUAGCAGUACAAAGCUCGACAUUAUCAUUGAUUGAUACGACAGCGACUUCGAUUGUAACUAUAGCUACCGUCCAGACAACGCCCAUCUACAAUACGACGUCAGUUCUUGAAAGCUCCGUGUCUGAAAACAUCACAUGGUUACCAAGCACUGUUUCCAUGACAACAUCACCUGUCAUGACCUCAGCACAAAUGUCAUCGCCAUUAAGUAAUGUGACGUUAAGCACAGUUAAACUUAUCAGCACAAUAWAUGUUAAAAAUAGCACCAUUUCAUCAAUCAGUACCAUGAAUAUAACACGUAGUCCAAGCACAUUGGUAAAACAGUCAACAAGGUUGAUAACGUCACCGRUCUCURCUCUCACYGGCACUGUUCUAAAUACGACGGAGUAUAUGACSAGUGUGAUGCAUACCAGUACCACACGACCAAGCRUUAACUCAUCAACCUCAGUUUUUACAUCACCGCCAUUAACAACAGAUAGUSYGCCUUCCAGCACGAWGAUUGCUAGUCUGAACUYCUCCUCUAUUACUCUAGUUAAUGCGACUUCACUGGUACCGACAAGUAGUAUGUCCUCAACCAUAGAGAAUUUCACACAAAGCACAUUAAGAACGCUUAUUCCGACUCCUUUGAUGACUUCCUCAAGUUUUUUAUCGACGAUAUCGUUAAUAAGCACUGGUUCGAGUUUAGUGAUUCAAAACCAAACAAGUUAUAGUAUUCCUAGCCUCACGACGGUGGAGCCAUUAACAACAAGUCUGGAGGURCAAAGCUCUGUACUUCCUAAGGCAACGAUGAAUGCAAGUUUUGUGAGUUCAAUUAGUGUUUUUAGCACAGAAAUAACUUCAACUUCAACCACGACUGCAAUGAAUUUGUCAAGCGUUCUAUCGACGCAAAACCGUUCAAGCUCAUUAUUUCCGACUUCUGUUUUAACAAGUUCUGUGGCAGACUUGACGAGUUCACAAGUAUCAAGUGUAGCUAACUUGACAACGAGUAGUUUUAAACUGCAUAGUACAGUUCUAACAUCCACCUCAAGACUAUCAGCGAACUCCUCCACAUCCGGGAUACGUCCUCAGACCACCUUGGUAACAGGUAUGUCAACUCUUAUGUUAUCAAGCAGCCCGAUAACUUCAAGCUCGCCUUACAUCAGCACUAGCAGUGCAUUUGUAAAUACCUCGUCUAUGGUCCUCCCAAGUAGCGUUGUCGUGRAAACGACUUACACUACUGUGACGUCAAGUAACGCGACUAUAGUGACAACACCCUUGCUUUCCACAAGUCCUGUUUCCAUGACAUCGUCUUCCAUGAACAGCAGUGUUUCUUACAGUKCAAGCUCUACUAUGGAAACAAGCUUAACUACAUUGAUCGAGAGUUCGUCAACAAUUCUGCUGCAAACCUCGACAAAUGUGGAGGCCUCGACGGCAUUUUCGUCGCUCGGUUUUCAAAACAGUUCAAUUGGACAUACUAGUUUACCAAGUAGUUCAUUMACACCUUCUUCGACAGUAACCACUUUUUCGACAUUAACGUUUUCUUCAAGCUCAGCUCUAGACACUGAAUUACCAAGUAGUACAUUAACAACUUUACCAUCCAUGACGUCCAGUAUUGUGGAGACAUCUAUGUCGUCUGCAACCGUCUCGUCGUCGUUACAUCUUUCAAGUUCAGUUGAAGGAACAAGUUUACCAAGCAGUACUUUAACAAUUUUGCCAUCUGUUUCGUCGGUAAUGAUGUCUAGUACUGUGAAGAUGUCUACUCAGACAGCAAAUGCUUCGAUAGAUACAAGAACAUCAACAUUCUCCAGUUUUUCACCUAYUACCAGGUCAACAGUKUCCAUGGCGACAACCAUUGGGACUWCUUCCUUCUCAUCAAGUCAAUAUGUCCAGUCAACAAGCAGUGUUAWUAGGAGUUCACUGACGAYAUCUACAAUUAUUAUAGAAAGUUCGUCGAGGUUUGCUACCUCAUUACCGACAAGUAGUUUUGCGAGUUUCUCAACARCGUAUGUGAUUACAAGCUUAUCAACUCCGUCUAAGUGGAACAGUACCAUGGCAGUAACUUCAUCCUCGGCGCCUACAAGUUCUUCAUUGAACAGUACCGUUCACCUUKCUACCUCAGCAGUGAUAAGCUCAUCUCCUGUCGUAUCGUCUUCAGUUGUUAUUCCAACAACAAAACCCAAUUCACCACCAGAACUGAAAAAUGACAUCGGACGCAUUCAAACAACCGCUGGCAAGACGUUUAGAUACCUUGUCCCUGAAGACACGUUUCAUGACAACGAAGAUGGGAAUACUCGCCAGCUUAAUCUAACAAUGAAAUACGUCGUCGAAGGCACAGCACAAGACAUUCCGRCGGACUUCUGGUUGAAUUUCGACUCAGCAACACAAGUWAUAGCAGGCUUGCCAAUGGACAAGGAUAUUCCUGAUCCUCAGAACCUAGAAACGGGRGUUAAGUUUUUGCURACGGCAAAGGACAGCCAUGGAGCAGUAGCCUACGACGUGUUUGAGAUCUUGAUAGGACCAUCAUCAAGCACGUCGUAUACACAGUCAUUGACUGUAACAUUGUCUAAUGACUUCGAAGUAUUUAACAGUAAUCUUACACAAAGACUUAAUUUACUUGGCAAGAUCAGUAGUUACUACAAAGAUCCCGAUACUAGUCAAAUCAUAGUCACAUCUUACAAAAAGGGCUCUGUAGUGGUGACUUGGACAAACAACUCGCUUCCAACUAAUGAAUGCGACCAAGAAAAGCUUAAUAMCGUUGCUGAGAAGGUUGUUAACGAAAACGGGCCUAAAACAGAAUUCAAAGAACACCUAUCCCCAGAGUAUAUCGUUACUGGUGCCCAAAGAACAUUAGGUGGAGUAUGUAUACAAAACGCGUCCACGUUAGCACCGUUUAUAACCGAUAAGAGGAUAGGUACUGAGCCUUCGGAUUUGUGGGAAAAGCACGUCAUUCCUGGUAUUAUAGUUGUUAUAAUUCUCAUCAUUCUGGCGAUUUUACUGCUCUGUUUCAUACGACGUCGGCGGGCCAAACCUUCUGACCCUGAACGGCGAACAUACACCAAGAGAAAACCAAUUAUACUAGAUCCUGAAAUGGAAAUGAAGCCUAUCCCUAGCAAACCAUUGAUUCUAGACAACGAUUCCCCGUUAAGUCAYCCACCUUCGUACGCGUCUGACCCAUCCCUUUAUAGGUCGCCGUACUAUGAUAACGGUAGUGGAGAUUUUGAUGAAGARGAUAACACGCCACCAAAGCAAUCCCCAGUGUACGAAACUCCGCCACCUUCAUAYAUGCAGCCUGAAGAGCCAGAAGAACCGCCGCCGCCUCCUUAUAUGCUUCCCCCUACACUGCURUACCCAAAAUAUGACUUUGCUCCUUGGGAAGAAAGUAGUGAUGUCUAGAUUAUUGGGAUUUAAUUUUGACAAAGGGGAUUUCAAGUGAUUCAGCCCUGUUUAGCAGAUUGUUUUCAGUUGUUUUGUGUCGGCUAGAACCUGAAAAMUAACGAAAUCAGUUUGCUAAACCGGUCUGACUUACUCCAUAUAUGAAGCCGAUUAGAAAUGUUGAAUAUGAACUUGGACAAGAUUUCAAACAAGCGUUUUCUAACUAAUGCCCUUAUCAAAUGUCGUAUUUAACAUGAGCCUUCGUCAAUUUGCUGAAUUACGUUCAUGUAAAAGUACCACAUUUGACUCAAGUGUGGAUUUAUAAAACAGUAGAAUAAGACAUCUUGUCCAACGACACGAGAAUCUUCAUUUUGAAUACAAUAGAAUGUUUUUAGAUAAAAGACGAUGAAGGAAGGAUAGAGUAGUGUUUUAGUUUAAAGGGAUGAACAAAUUUUGAGAAAAUCAAGUCAUUUAACCUCAGCCGGUUUAGUCUAAACAAAAAGCUUUAGUGAGAAAAUAAGGGAACUUUAUCAUUUAUUUUGCAUUCUCAUCUGAGUGAAAGAUGGCUGACAUGAGAAAAAUCCAAACUAAUGUUUAUAAUACGCGUUUCAAACGCCUCUCACGUGCUGAAUAUGCAGCGAUGCCAUUUUGUACAACUAAGCAUUAUGGAAAUKGUAGAACCGGAACAACUGCUUCAUCUUUUUCAAUCAUAAAAAGCAGUAACGGCUUACYCUGGUUCCAGAGGCUUGUCUUUCAUUCUUUUGCUUACUAUGUUAUCGAAACGCGAAGCGACGAGGCGUUUCCGUUAAUCGGUUUGUUUUUUACGGCUUCGCGGCUCGAGAUAACAUAGUAAGAAAAAGAAUAAAAGACAAGCCUCUGGAACAAGGGUAGUAACGCGGCUUAGCUGGACUUUUUGAAUGAGCAGGACAAAAUGCAAGGGCAAGAACUACCAACGUGCUUAUGUUGCAUACAAUGGCGACGCAGGACAUCGCCUAUUACGAAAAAACGGAGAAACUUUGACUUCAGCAGAUUUUAAAUUCAGCGUUUGACACAAAUAGAAGUGUUCUUUAAUGAUUUGCAUUAAUUAUGUUUUGACCUCGAGUCGGAAAACUUUUAUAUUACAGAGAAAAUCCUGUAUAACGAGCGUGAACUUGCACACGCUCACACGUAUCCAGCAAAAAUAGUUUGACGGGGACAAGUAAAAAAGAUAAAGAUCUCGUUACAGGGAUUUCACUGUAAAUAUUUUAUGAUUUUGUUAUCAAUUUACCUGUAUAUAUUUUGUACAUUCAAAGUUUAUUCAAUGCUGUCUGMAGUUGAUAAAAAUUUUAUACUGAAAACAUAAUUAAAGAUAAAUUAAGCCAAAAUUGAACCUAGUUAGUUACUGUGAAAAAUAAAUAUAUUUCAGAGUCUCUUCCA